AUGUCCAGUAGUAGUGUAUUGACAAAGGAACGUCUCUCUGAAUUACUUGGAGAGUUCAAGAAGGGUGAAGAUCCUGUUGUUAGAACGUUUCGUAUUGUCAAUUUUGGUCCUGGAGAGUUAGAGUUGGACAUUAAUGUUGAUUUUUUCGGGUUGAAAGAGUUUCUUUGUCAUAUUGUUAAAGUUUCCGAAGAUUUGAUCUGUGCAACAUAUGAUGGAAAUGAGGAAUAUAUUGAAAUACAAAAUGGUUUGGAAAAUACAAUCAAAACCUUCAUGGAUAGUCUCGUCCAGAAGAGAGAUGACUACUUGAUGAAUGAAGUCGGAACACCAACACCUGGUACUGGAAAGGGAAAUAGUCAAAAGAUUUUCGACCUUGAUGAUGAUGACAUGGUUGAUGAUUUUGAAGAAGAUGGAGAAAUGCAAGAUCAACUCACUUGCCAUGUUAAUGAUGCAAAAACUUAUUUUGAUACCAAAUUUGUUUCUCUUAUCAGUCAAAUUUACAAUGUCAGACUCAAUGUUAUUGUUGAUGACAUGACUACUGAAAUGAAAAAGGAGUAUGGUAUAAAUUCUCAAAACAAUUGGUUUACCAUGUCAAUUAACUUUGCUCCAGAUUAUUUAACUCACGACACAUCACCAAGAGUUCAAUACAAACCAGAGUUGGCUCACUUGAGAAGUGGUUUUGCUGAACAAAUGGAACACGUUCUCACUAAAUAUAUUGAUUUUAGAUGGGAGCAAUUAAAGUUUGACAAGACAACUAGAUUUGGUGCUGCAGAUUUGAAAUUAGCUCAAUGGAGUUCAAAGACUACUCAAAAGGAAAAAAAGGAAAUUAUUAGCAAAUUCCUCAAGGAAAAGAAGAUUCAUACAGCUAAAGCUCUUGCUUUGUAUUAUACCAAUGUUAUUCCAGAGGCUGCCGAAGAAUUGUUGAGAGAAUGUGGAUAUAUUCAACAAAAUUUGUACACUUACGAUAAGGCUCUCGUUUCAGGACAUGAACCAAAGACAAACUUUAUAUUGGAAAUGUUGACCUAUCUUGUACUCAGAGUACAAUCAUGUAAUCACUUUUGUUGUGGUUGUGAUGAUUCUAUUGAGUGCCACGAUUUGCUCCCUGUUUCACAAGAAAAUAGACCUGUUAUUUGUACAAAAUUCAAAUGCCAAUUUGAGUAUAUCGAACUUGGUGUAUGCAAUUCCAUUCCAAUUGUCAUUUGUCCCUCAUCUAUUCACACUGAUAUUUUAGAAAAUGGAGACGUCGUCGAUAUCAUGGUGAGUAUGGCCUAUUCAGCAGCUACCAGUGGUAGAAAGGAACUCAUUUUCGAUCCAUUCCCAGAAUAUUUGAUAAAGGGAUCCACAAAGAACUUUAAUUCAGUUGUACAAGCUCUCGACAGACUUCCUUCUAUUGCUGAAAUGAAAAAUCACUGUGAAAAUGAAUCUGAACUCAGAAAGUUUUUACAUCCUGAGGCUUAUGAAAUUUUGAGAUGGCUAUUGAGUUGUAAGAGAUGUGCUAUUGUAAAAAUGCCCGAAAAGAAGAGAAUUCAAGAAAUGCAAACUCAAUAUCAAUACAUAAUGAUGAUGGAUAACCCAGAAAAGGCUGCCACCUUCUCUCAAAACAGAAAGAAGUAUGGUUCUUACUGGGCAUUCCAUGGUUCAGCCAUCGAAAACUUCCACUCCAUUCUUAGAAAUGGUUUGGUCAAUGCUUCCAAUACCAAGCUCAUGACCACUGGCGCAGCAUACGGGCCUGGGGUAUACAUGGCCAGAGAAUCAGCUACUAGCUUUGGUUAUUCAAGAAUGGGUACUUCUUGGGCCAAAUCUCAAUUUGGUAAUGUCAGUAAUUUGCGUUGUGUUAUGAUUUGUGAAGUUAACAAGGCACCUGGUGUUCCAACUACUGCUUCUCCUUACUAUGUCGUUCCACAAGCAGAACAUAUUACUACUCGUUUCUUCUGUUUUUAUCCUAAAUCUGAUACAAAUGUAAAUGUUAUUGCUGAUAACAUCAAGUGUUUGAAAGAUUUUGUUGAAUAAAUGAUAUUUAGCUCC